AAAGCAGCCCCCUUUUCUCUAGAGGAAACUUCCACACCCCAAUGCCCCUCACCGCCGCGAAACCUCCCAUCCCCUCCAUUUAAUCACCAAACCCCCUACCGUAUCAAAAUCAAAUCCCCCUCCGAUCUCCCUCUCCUCUCAACAAAUCCCUCUCCUCUCUCCCCAACCUCCAAUUCUAACAACUCCGAUCGUCCUCUGCUCCCCAAUCCGAAAACCCUAGAGCGAUCCAUAGAGAUCAAUCCGGAACCUUCCACGCUCUCGAUCAAUCCGGCUUUCUUGAUUUCUUGAUCCUUGCGUCGGCGUAAAGCUAGGGUUUUGCCCACCGAUGGUUAGGACAUGACCGGGGCCGACGCCUGAUCGCCGCCCCCGCCGCCACCGCCGCCUAGGGCGAGGAGGGGUCUGUGUCUUUGUAUGGAAACGCGGAGAAGGAAGCGGGCGGAGGCCUCCUCAUCAGCGCCUUCUUCUCAGGCCCCCACCACCCGCGUCUCCAAACGCUCCCGCACCUCCGCCGCUUCCGCCGCCACCUCCUCCAAUCCCACCGCCCUCCCUCCGGCCGCCUCCACCCGCUCCCGUCGCAACCAGAACCCUCCCUCCUCCGUCACCGCCGCCGCCCCUGCCCCCAUGGACUCAUCCGCCAGCGACUCCGCCGGCCGCCGCCGCAGCAGCUCCGGCAAGAAUCACCAGCCCCCGGUGGAGCGCGACCGGGAGUCCUCCGACAAGGGGAAGGAGCGAGAGCCGGAGGCUUCAAGGUCUAGGGACAGGGAUAGGGAUGCUGAACGGAUCUUGGGGUUGAGCUUCGAUGGUGCGGGAGCCGAUGAUGACGAUAGUGAGGGUGGCGUGGGUAUCCUGCACCAGAAUCUGACGUCCGCCAGCAGUGCCCUUCAGGGGCUUCUCCGCAAGCUGGGCGCUGGGCUCGAUGAUCUCUUGCCGUCUGCUGCUGGGUCGGCCUCGUCUUCCUCGCACCAGAGCGGGCGGCUCAAGAAGAUCCUGUCGGGGCUGAGAGCUGAUGGCGAGGAAGGGCGGCAGGUGGAGGCGCUGACCCAGCUUUGUGAUAUGCUGUCGAUUGGGACUGAGGACUCCCUCGGAUCGUUCUCAGUAGACUCGUUUGUGCCAGUCCUAGUCGGCCUGCUCAACCAUGAGAGCAACCCUGACAUCAUGCUGCUUGCUGCAAGGGCCCUCACCCACCUCUGCGAUGUCUUGCCGUCUUCUUGUUCUGCGGUGGUGCAUUACGGUGCUGUGCCAUGUUUCUGUGCCCGCCUUCUCACGAUUGAGUACAUGGACCUGGCAGAACAGUCUUUGCAAGCUCUCAAGAAGAUAUCGCAAGAACACCCUACUGCUUGUUUGCGUGCUGGUGCACUUAUGGCAGUGCUGUCUUACCUUGACUUCUUCUCCACAGGAGUCCAGAGAGUGGCAUUGUCCACUGCCGCGAAUAUGUGUAAGAAGCUCCCAUCAGAUGCAGCUGACUUUGUAAUGGAAGCAGUUCCUUUGCUCACAAACCUUCUUAACCAUCAUGAUUCAAAGGUAUUAGAACAUGCCUCUGUUUGUUUGACACGUAUUGCGGAAGCAUUUGCUUCAUGCCCUGAGAAACUGGACGAGUUAUGUAAUCAUGGAUUGGUUGAACAAGCUGCUGGGCUUAUAUCUGUCAGUAAUUCAGGAGGACAGGCUUCUUUGAGCACAUCGACAUACACGGGCUUGAUUCGCCUUCUCUCGACAUGUGCAAGUGGAUCUCCAUUAGGAGCUAAAACUCUUCUCCUUCUUGGAAUCAGUGGCACACUUAAAGAUAUUCUUUCAAGUUCUGGUCUGGUUGCUGGUGUUUCUGUUUCUCCUGCUUUAACGAGACCUGCAGAACAAAUUUAUGAGAUUGUCAACCUUGCGGAUGAGCUCCUUCCUCCUUUGCCUCAAGGAACCAUUUCUCUCCCAAUGUGCUACAAUGUUCUUGUUAAAGGAUCAGCUGCAAAGAAAUCUCCUGCUUCCUCUUCACACAACAAGCAGGAGGAUAUUGAUGGAGCAAAAAAUGAAGUUUCAUCUCGUGAAAAAUUAUUGCAUGAGCAACCCGAACUUCUCCAACAGUUUGGAAAGGACCUACUUCCUGUUCUGACACAGGUAUAUAGUUCCAGUGUAAAUGGCCCAGUUCGUCACAAGUGUCUCUCCGUUAUUGGGAAGUUGAUGUAUUUCAGCUCCGCUGAUAUGAUUCAGGCUUUGCUUUCUCUGACAAACAUUUCCAGCUUUUUAGCAGGUAUAUUAGCUUGGAAGGAUCCCCAGAUCUUGAUCCCUGCUCUUCAGAUAGCAGAGAUACUAAUGGACAAGCUUCCUGGAACAUUUACCAAGAUGUUUGUGAGAGAAGGGGUUGUUCAUGCUGUAGAUGCGUUAAUAUGCUCAGGUUCCUCAAAUACGGUUCCUUCUCAAGCAUCCAUCUCUGAAAAGGAUGCCGAUUCUUUACCAGGGUCAUCUUCACGUUCUCGGCGUUAUCGACGGCGUAAUGGUGGCUUAAAUACAGAAAGCAGCUCGGUUGAUGAGUCAAAAGGUUCUGUAACAGGACUUGCUGGCUCUCCUCCAACAUCGGUAGAAGUCCCAACUGCAAAUUCUGGUCUUCGUGCUUCAGUCAGUUCCUAUGCCAAGUCUUUCAAGGAUAAGUAUUUCCCUGCAGAUCCUGGGGCAAUGGAAGUUGGAGUUAGUGAUGAUCUUCUUAAUUUGAAAAAUCUUUGCUCAAAGUUGAAUGCCAGUGUUGAAAAUGUCAGGACAAAAGCUAAAGGUAAAUCUAAGGCUUCUGUUGUUUGUUCCUUUGACAUCUCAGCUAGUACCGAGGAACAAUUCAAUGGGGUAAUAGCAGAAAUGCUGGCUGAACUAACUAAAGGAGAUGGUGUAUCCACAUUUGAGUUUAUUGGCAGCGGAGUUGUUUUGGCAUUGCUAAAUUAUUUAUCAUGUGGAACAUUUGGAAAGGAGAGAAUUUCAGAAGCUAACAUGUCUAAACUUCAUCAGCAAGCACUCAGACGAUACAAGUCAUUUAUUUCAAUUGCACUUCCUCUUGACGUUAAGCAAGGGACCGAAACUCCCAUGACUGUGUUGGUUCAAAAGCUUCAGCAUGCUUUGUCUUCUUUAGAACGUUUUCCGGUUGUACUGAGCCAUUCAUCAAGGUCAUCUAGUAGUGGAAGUGCACGCCUUUCCUCGGGUCUUAGCGCGCUAUCUCAGCCUCUUAAAUUACGUCUAUGCCGAGCACAAGGUGAAAAAUCUCUUCGUGAUUAUUCAUCAAAUAUUGUACUUAUCGAUCCACUUGCAAGUCUAGCAGCUGUUGAAGAGUUCCUUUGGCCAAGAGUACAGCGGAGUGAGUCUGGACAGAAGUCAUCAGUGGCAGCGGGCAACUCUGACUCUGGAGUUGCAGCUACUGCAGCAUCAUCACCAUCCAUGUCAACUCCAACAGGCCGUCGCCCUUCAACCAGAUCUAGAUCAUCGGUAACAAUUGGAGGUACUGCUAAAAAGGACUCUCAUGAGGGUUCAGCAAAUUCUUCAAAAGGAAAGGGUAAAGCUGUUUUGAAAUCUACAACUGAUGAGGCAAGAGGACCACAAACAAGAAAUGCUGCACGCAGAAGAGCAGGUUCAGAGAAAGACUCAGAGUUGAAACCAGCACAUGGCGAAUCUAGCUCCGAGGAUGAGGAGUUGGACAUGUCUCCUGUUGAUAUCGAUGAUGCUCUGAUGAUUGAAGAAGAUGAUGUCUCAGAUGAUGAAGAUGAUGAUCAUGAUGAGGUCCUCAGAGACGACUCUCUUCCUGUUUGCGUACCAGACAAGGUACAUGAUGUCAAAUUAGGUGAUCCAGCUGAUGAUGCUACAGUGUCUUCUUCAAGUGAUAACCAAGCACAACCAUCAUCUGGUUCUAGUAAUAGAACUGCCUCAGUUAGAGGCCCAGGGUCUGCUGAAUACCGAACUGGAAGUACUUUUGGUUCAAGGGGUAGUGCAAUGUCAUUUGCUGCUGCUGCGAUGGCUGGGCUUGCUUCUGUGAGCGGGAGAGGUAUCAGAGGUGGUCGAGAUCGUCAUGGGCUGGUGUCCGGUGAUAGUGUAAAGGACCAUUACAGUAAAUUGAUGUUUACAGCAGGAGGGAAGCAGCUCAGCAAACAUUUGACCAUAUAUCAGGCUAUCCAACGCCAGCUUGUGCUUGAGGAAGACAAUGAUGAAAGGUUCAAUGGAUCUGACCUGCCUAGUGAUGGAAGCAGGUUCUGGAGUGAUAUAUUUACUAUAACUUACCAAAAGGCUGAUAGCCAGGUUGAAAGGGCUUCUCAUGGAGGUUCAACCUCAAAGUCUAAAUCUAUUUCCUCUUCCAAAUCUGGUUGCGACUCUCAGUGGCAGCAAAUGUCCCUUCUUGAUAGCAUCUUGCAGGGGGAGCUUCCUUGUGACCUCGAAAAGUCUAAUCCCACUUACAACAUUUUGGCAUUAUUGCGAGUACUGGAAGGUCUGAAUCAGCUAGCUCCUCGCUUGAGAGUGCAGACAGUGUCUGACGAUUUUGCUGAGGGGAAGAUUUCCAGCCUGGAUGAACUCUAUAGGGCUGGUGCAAAGGUUCCUUCUGAAGAGUUUAUAAGUAGCAAGCUAACCCCUAAACUUGCUCGGCAAAUUCAGGAUCCUCUUGCAUUGUGCAGUGGCAGUCUUCCUUCAUGGUGUUAUCAAAUGACUAAAGCAUGUCCUUUUCUGUUUCCUUUUGAAACACGGAGGCAAUACUUCUAUUCAACAGCUUUUGGACUAUCCCGUGCAUUGCAUCGGCUUCAGCAACAGCAAAGUGCUGAUAAUCAUAGUUCAUCAAGUGAAAGAGAGGUCCGUGUUGGUAGAUUGCAACGGCAAAAAGUUCGUGUUGCUAGAAACCGUAUCUUAGAUUCUGCUUUAAAAGUUAUGGACUUGUAUUGUAGUACAAAGGCUGUUCUUGAAGUAGAAUAUUUUGGUGAAGUUGGCACUGGAUUAGGCCCAACUCUUGAAUUCUAUACUCUCUUAAGUCAUGACCUGCAGAAGGUUGGAUUAGGAUUAUGGAGGUCCAGCUCUACAUCGGACAACUCUGUGAUGGAUAUUGAUGGAGAUGAGAUGAAAGAUGGAAAUACUGAUAAUGGUUCAGCAGAAAAGAAACUUAGUUCUGAUUUUGCUGUUGGAAGUAGAGAUCUUGUCCAAGCUCCGCUUGGUUUGUUUCCUCGCCCUUUGCCUCCUAAUACAGAUGCUUCUGAUGGAAGCCAGUUCUCUAAGGUUGUUGAAUAUUUCCGUUUGGUUGGUCGAGUGAUGGCAAAAGCUUUACAAGAUGGGCGGCUUUUGGAUCUGCCACUGUCGACUGCAUUCUACAAACUCGUCUUGGGUCAGGAACUUGAUGUGCAUGACAUUAUCUCAUUUGAUGCUGAGUUUGGGAAGAUACUGCAAGAAAUGCAAAUCCUUGUUCGUCGCAAGCAGUUUCUAGAGGCAGCAGCUGGUAAUGAUCCAAAGACAAUUUCUGACUUGCGUUUCCGUGGUGCUCCUAUUGAAGAUCUGUGUCUAGAUUUCACACUUCCUGGUUAUCCUGAUUACAUUCUUAAAGGAGGAGGAGAAGGCAUCUUGGUUAAUAUUGACAACUUGGAAGAAUACCUCUCCUUGGUAGUUGAUGCAACUGUUAAGACAGGAAUUAUGCGGCAGAUGGAAGCAUUUAGAUCAGGGUUCAAUCAGGUCUUUGACAUCUCAUCUUUGCAAAUAUUUUCUCCACAUGAACUUGAUUACCUGAUCUGCGGUCGUAGAGAAUUGUGGGUGGCUGAAACACUGGCUGAACAUAUUAAGUUUGAUCAUGGAUACACUGCAAAAAGCCCAGUGAUUAUCAAUCUGCUCGAGAUCAUGGCAGAAUUCACUCCAGGGCAGCAGCAUGCUUUUUGUCAAUUUGUGACUGGUGCUCCUAGGCUUCCACCUGGUGGUCUGGCUGCUUUGAAUCCAAAGCUGACCAUCGUGAGGAAGCAUUCUUCGACUAUCACAAACACAUCAUCAAAUGGAACUGGAGUGUGUGAAUCAGCUGAUGAUGAUUUGCCUAGUGUUAUGACCUGUGCCAAUUACCUUAAACUUCCUCCAUAUUCAACAAAGGAAAUCAUGUACAAGAAACUGCUUUAUGCUAUCAACGAAGGCCAGGGAUCAUUUGAUCUGUCAUGAGCCAAAGACCAACCAUCAAUUAUGGAUACUUCAUCUGCUUCUUUUUAAAUAGAUUGCCCAUUCCAUUCUGCUCAACAUCAGUCUCUUCUUGCACUUUUAUACAGGUAACAUCAAGAUGGAAUCUACUUUGCAACAUUUUAAAGAUAGUUUGCAUUGCAUAGGAACAGAUGAUGGAGAUGCAGUGACACAUCAAAUUUACAAGGACACGAGGUUGAAAACAGCUACCUCUUCUGCAACUUUCCCUGCUUCAGCAUAUGCAGCCUUACCCUUCCUUGACAAGCUGGACAUUAUUAUGGUAUAUGUGCCACCAGCAAUGACCACUAAAGGAACAAUUGCUAGAGUAAGGAGUGUAAGCUGCCAUACUGAUGAAAAUCCCAUGAUAAAUCCAACAAAAAAUUGGGAAAGGUACCGUAAAGAGUGGCCUAACUGCAUAAAAUACAUGGAGAAAAUUAGUUUCUUCACUGAUAUUAAGCAAAUUAUCAGACUCCUUGAUAAGGGAUCUGAAUCAAGCCAAAAUCUAUAGCCCCAGGAUGGGAGCUUGCAUUAAUAGGAUGCAUCAUUGCACCGGUGCUUUCUUUUGACUCUAAAACUUUUACACAAAGUUUAUCAUCGGAAAUACCUGCAUCAAUAUUAAGUUUCUUGAUUUUUGUUUUGUAGAUUUCCAAGACGUCAUAUUAAGCAUAUAUAGUGCCUUGAAGUAGUUUAGGAAAGCAUGUAUAAAUUUUUUGAUAUGUUUACCUUGUCAGCUAAGGCAUCUUGCACAAGGAUUGCAUCACUGGAGAUAUGCUGAAGAUGUACCUCUCCAUGCCGUUGCCAUGACCAGAAGUCCUAAAUACACCAACUGCAAUGCAUGCUGCAAUCAAAGAAAAAUUCAGAAGUUCUUGAAAGCUCAGAAUAUGAAAAAUAUAAUGAGGAAAAGAAUGUUUUCAGAUGUGGUCUCAAAAUGGUAUACCCGACAUUACUGAAAUAGACCAAUAUGAAAAGUGCAGUGAGUCCUGCUGACCUUUGAAACUUCUGUAGCCAACCUCUGGGGAUCUGCUGAGAGAGACCCCAAUGAGUCGAUCAGCCGGCCGAAGAGCAGGAAGAAAAUUGGCAGAGCUGCACCAUGAACACACGCUCCAAUGCUGCCAAAGAUCAUCAGGAAACAGUCGAACCUGUCUGCAAAAGAAAAGAGGCUGAAAGCCUGCUCAUUGGCCUGUGACCGAGAUACUGAGUUUUCUUGUGGGUCACUCUGAUGCCGGGGUUCGUUAGAGGACGAUGUGGAAAGCUCCAUGUCUUCCAUCUUAGAACUGGGGGGUUGUCAUAGCCUGGUAGGAGACAAAGGUCUGCAGAAAACGUUGUAAUGCAGGGAAAAGAAAAGAGAGCUGUGAUUGAGCCUGUCCUUUCGUGAAGGGCUGGGUCCUGCUUAAAUGAACACAACUCGGCAUUUGCCGGCUCCAGCCGGCCAACUAACUCCCUCGCUUUAUAACUGCCUUGGAUCCAUGGGGGUACGGCAGCCGGUCAGGAUCGGCUGUUUGGCCGUGCACGGGGGCGCAGCUAUGUCCACGGCCGACAACAGUCAAAUGUAGGUGGGGCCCAUCAAUAUAGUCUGAGGCCUUCCCAUAGGGACACGUGCCAUGAGCUGCUACGAUGGAAAUGCUUUUAGCGCUCAAGGCCUGGAGGUGCAAUUUUUUUGCUACCCAAAGUGUCAACCGAUGUCCAGGGGUCCCGCUGCCUGUCGAGCAAGUACUAGAUUUUCUUCAAGGGAUUGUGAUUUGUGGGGUUGACCCUACACCAGAGAACAGAGAUUUGGUGCCUCACACGAAACAACGGACGGACCAUGUCCGAGGGUUGGACUUGACAUGAUGACGGGCACAAUGCAUGCAUCGUAGACAAACUAGCAUCAUUUAGAAAAAAGAAUGAACAUAAACUACUAAGAUAUUCUUCUGUGUUUGGACUUUGAAUUUCUUGAGAUAUCAGUACUUUAUAUGAGGAUCUUGUACUCAAACAGUUCCAAUUAAUCUGGAAUUAGUACUCUGGACUAAGAUACAUUUUGGAAUAUGAUCAUCAUUAUGUAA